UUUCUACUUUAUAAUGAAAUGGGAAAUUAAAUUUUGUUAAAAAUUAAGAUUUAAAAAAAAAGAUGGCCGAAUCGGAAUCAAGAAGAAUUAGCGAAGGGCCAUGAAAUUAUUCCUAAAAUGCCACCAGAAAACUAACCAAAUAUUCUCAUUUUUAAUAAAUUUGUCCCCAGAUAAAAUAAUUUCGAUCCAAAAUUUUAAUAACGUUUUUACCGUCAUACUAUUCUUCGCGAUCAUGCUGUUAAGCCGUACAGCAAUAUGUCAUGAAACUAGUUUGAAUGAAUCAACUUCGCAAGAUAUUACCUACUUAAGCACUCCCAAGAUGUCCACUUCGUAUCUUCCUUGCCUUGCCCAGGACAGUGAAUAUCGACCUAUAGUUUCUUGGAUACGUUUGAGAGAUAAUCAGAUAUUGACGAUAGGCAAAUUCAAAUUCGUCAAAGAUCCGAGAAUAAAUAUUCUAUCCGACACUGGGCAAUUGUGGACCCUGCAAAUUCGGUACACGCAAUCCGUCGAUGUAGGACUGUACGAGUGUCAAAUUAAUAACGAUGACGUCCCCACGAGUUCCAUCCAAUCAUACUCGAAGCAAAGGCGCUUAUUUAAUCUAACGAUCAAAAAUGAUUACAGAUCCUUAAAACCAGCCAAUGAUUCCUUCACAAAAUUAUACGUUGCACCUCAAAUAAAAUUCAAACGAGUUUCCUAUCCUAAAAAUCAAAUGGGGAUGGAUGAAGUCGGGAGGAACACAGUUUUAAUCACGAAAAAAAGUGACCAUCUGUUAAUAAUAAGUUCGCUCAUCACCAUAUUACCACUAAAGGCAUUGGCAUACAUGAUAAUAAUGAUCGUUCUAUGAUUAUUUGAUCUAAUUGGGGAUAAGGUGAAGACAGAAGAAGAGUUUUUAGUAAAUUCGCUGAUUGCCAUAUUAACAUUUGAAGAUCUUUUAGUAUGCCUGAUUAUAAUGAAAGUUCUAACGAUGAAACUGGU